AUGGUUGAUGAUGAUUAUGAGUUUGGGGGGAAAUGGGUAAGAAGUUGGGGUGAGGGGGUUGAGUGGGUGGUGGUUGGGGUAAAAGUGGUGGAUGUGUUUGAUGUGGGGAUUGGGGUUGUUUGGUGGUUAGUGCUGUUUGUGGGUGGGGGGUGGAUGUGUGGUAUUGGGUGUGGGGGGAUGUUGGGGUUGGGGUGGGGGAUGGGGGGGUUACGAGGGAAUGUUGGGGAUGAGAUGAUGAGUAGAGUGGAAUUUAAGUAUUGUAGGGUGUGUUAUGAUGUGGGGGGGGAUGUGGGGGGAAUUGGGGUGGGGUGUGGGUUAGGGAUGUUUGGGAUAGUGAUGGGUGUUUAUGUGGGGGGAUAUUGA